AUGGGGGCAAUUUUAGCCGCUCCGGCCUGUGCUAGCUCUGUAAGUAUUAACAUAUUGUUUUAAUGAUGUUAACAUAGCUCUUUUGAUACUUUAAAGAGCUUUUCUUUUAAAGUUAUCUUUUCUUACUGUUAUCUUCAUAAAGUCGACGUAUAUGUGUAUCCUUUCAGAUGGCGUGUUGCUUUGGCAGUGCAGCUUGUCAAUUAUGUUGCUCAGUUUGUCCAACAUCAAAGAAUUCUACAAUGACCAGGAUCUCCUAUGCUUUCAUGUUGUUGCUGGGGACAGUUGUGGCUUGUUUGAUGCUUUCUCCUUGGAUUCAGGAGAAGAUGUCGGAUGCGGAUUGGUUUUGUGAAAAGUUUGACAUUAAAUGUCAGCAAGCUACGGGAUUUCAAGCGGUUUAUCGGUAAGGUACUUGUUUUUGGUUUUUUUGAAACUUUAGGUAUCUAAAACACUGAUAACACACUUCCUACCGGUUUAAUAGAAUCUUUUUGAGUGUCAGAAAAUAUGCCGUUAUCUGCUUUUUGUAUUAAUACUUAAGUUUGCUUUAAUUACAGGUUAUGUGGUGGAAUGGCAUCGUUCUUUUUCAUCUUCAUGUUGGUUAUGAUUGGAGUGAAUUCGAGUAAAGACGGCAGAUCAUAUAUUCAAAAUGGUUUUUGGUUUUUUAAGUACUUGCUUAUGAUUGGACUUGUUGUUGGCUUCUUCUUUAUUAGAAACGAACACUUGGCAGGACGUAAGUUUUACUUUAUUAAUGAUAUUGUUUUAGUUAUUUGAAGUAGCAGUAAAUGUUUUAUACCUUUAUUCAGCAUUUAUAUACCGUUUAAUCGCUUGUUUAGCAUUCAUCUUAUAGUAAUUGUAUUGUUUUAGCCAUGAUGUGGGUUGGAAUGAUUGGAGGCUUUCUUUUCAUCUUGAUUCAACUGGUCUUGAUUGUGGAUUGGGCUCAUGGUUUGGCAGAAGGUUGGAUGGAGUCUUAUGAAGAAAACGACAGCAGAGCUUGCUUUGCCGGUUUAGUCGGAUUUACGAUUGGGUGUUAUGUUCUGGCUGGAGUUGGGGCUAUCUUCAUGUACAUUUGGUACACUACUGUGAGUUUUUUCAGCUUUUUAUACCUAAAAGUUGUUGCAUUUUCUACGUUUUUCGAUAUUAUUAAAAAAAGAUUUUUAUGGGAUAUUCAGUUGUAAGAAGUGAGAGAAUUACAAUUUCAGGGCGGAGGAUGUGGUUUGCCGAUCUUCGUUAUUACUUUCAAUAUUCUUUUGUGUAUCGCCGUAUCUGUCAUCUCGAUUCAUCCUAAGGUCCAAGAAAGAAUGCCAACGUCAGGGCUUUUGCAAUCGAGUUUCUUGACAAUGUACACCAUGUACUUGACCUGGUCGGCUUUGAUCAACAAUCCGGAUCGUGCUUGCAACCCAUCUUUGAUGAAUAUUAUUAGAAACGGCACUACUCCUGGUCAUGAUGAACAUGUAAGUUUGAUUAUAAAUUUUUUAAUCAAAACUGACUUUAAGAUUUUUUAAACUUAUUUUUAGCUUUAAUUAUAGUAAUUUUUAAAUGUGGAAAGUAAAAUUUCAAAUGAUGAUAUCUAUAUUAACAUACAUUACAUUUCAGUCGUUCGCCACGCCAAUUCCCACCAACUCUAUUGUCUCUCUUGUCAUUUUCUUUGCCUGUCUUUUGUACGUUACUAUCAGAACCAGCUCGAACACGUCAUUGGGAAAAAUCACUGGAGAUACAGGUAGAUCAAAUGAUAUACCGUUGAGUGAGUCUCGUCCUAUCGUCGGAGGUAUUUUGAGUAUCUGAAGGUGAAUAAUGAGAGUAUUUUAUAGAUACGGACGAAGAACAAGGUCGUGUGUACGAUAACGAACAGGAAGGAGUCGCCUACUCUUACAGUUUCUUCCAUUUCAUCUUUGCUUUGGCUUCGCUUUAUGUUAUGAUGACUUUGACUUCGUGGUAUAAGUAAGUUUUUGUUAAUUACAGUUUUUUAUACUGCUUAAGGGCAUUUGUGGUUACUUUUUUGAUGUUUUUAAAAACAAUUGGUCAUUUUAAAGCUAGUAUACUAAGGAACGAAUGAAGUAAAUUAACAUGUUAUUUUAGGCCAGACAGUGAUCUCUCGCAUCUGAACAGCAAUAUGGCUUCUUUAUGGGUAAAAGUCGUGUCCAGCUGGCUGUGCAUCUUCAUCUACGGUUGGACUAUUGUGGCACCGGUUUUGUUUCCGGACAGGGAAUUUAAUUAA